AUGACGAUACACGGUCUUCUACGGCUUGUCAUCCGCAACGAUGCCAUCAAGAUCGACCCACCUGAGAUCUAUAACUGGAGGGUGAUAGCUCUUGCAGCAUCGGCAUGCUUCGCUGGUACACUAUUCGGCGUCGAUGCAGGCAUUAUUGGAGGCGUGAUUGCCAUGCCCGGAUUCAAGAAACAAUAUGGUCUGGAUGUACUUCCAGCAAGCGCAGCAGCCAAUUUGUCAGGCAACCUCGUUGUCACGAUGCAAGCGGGAGCUAUACUAGGAGCUCUCAUAUCGAGUCCGAUUGCAGACCGUAAAGGAAGAAGACCAGCACUCUUGGGCGUGGCUAUACUUGCAUUCAUCGGUGGUCUGAUGCAAGGCCUUGCCUUCGGCCAUCUGCCUGUCUUCUAUAUCGGACGCUUUUUGGAAGGCAUCGGACUAGGGGCUGGAACUUCGCUUGCCCCGACAUAUGUCGCUGAGAACUCACCUCGUGCUAUCAGAGGAUUCCUGACUGGCUUCUUCCAACUGCUCCUGGAUGCUGGCGGUAUGACAGCAUACUUCAUCAACUAUGGCUCGCUGCUACAUUUACCAGGCAAAGCUACUUACAUUGUGCCGCUGCUCUGCCAAUGCAUCGCCCCGACACUGCUCUUCUUCUCGAUGCUGGCAUGUCCAGAGUCCCCGCGCUGGCUGGCAUCACGUGACAACUGGGACAAAGCAUCGUCCGUGCUGCACGACGUCCGGCAUUUGCCUGUCGAGCACCCGUAUCUACAGCAAGAGCUCCUCGAACUGAAGACGCAGCUCGACCAAGAAAAGGCUGUCAUGGGCGAUGCAACUUUCUGGGGUCUCCAGAAGGAGUGCUGGACAGUCCCUGGAAACCGGAAACGAGCGCUGCUGACCAUCCUGCUGCUGAUCUUCAACCAAUGGUCGGGAACCGGUGCCAUCAAUUACUAUGCACCCACCAUAUUUCGGGAUCUUGGGCUCUCAAGCACAACGACCGCUCUCUUCGCGCAAGGCGUGUAUGGCAUUGUCAAGACUACAGGCGCUCUUAUCUUUGUUUUCUUCCUUGCCGAUUCUCUUGGUCGGCGGAUCUCAAUGAUGUGGAGUGGUGCUGUGCAGGCAUUUGCCAUGCUCUUCGUUGGGUUUUACGUGCGAUACGGCCCAGACAUCGGCAAGAAUAGUAGCCCGCCACCAGCCGGUGUCGCCGCCCUGGCCAUGGUCUACAUCUUUGCACUUGCUUUCAACGCAGGAUGGGGACCUGUGGCCUUCGUAUACGCCUCAGAGAUCCCUAGCAAUCGACUGCGGGCCUACAACAUGUCUCUGGCUUCUUUCACGCACUGGGUCAUGAACCUUACCGUCUCCAAGACCACGCCUAUCAUGCUUGUUUCCACGCCGUACAAGGCAUAUUUCAUUUUCGGGUCUAUCAAUAUCGUUAUGGCCAUCGCGGCUUUCUGGAUACCAGAGACCAAAGGAGUAUCGCUCGAACGUAUGGACGAGAUCUUUGGAGGCACGACCGACAUGUCCAAUAUUGAAGACGUCGGUGUCGCGGCCCAAAAGCAAGCGCAUCAAGCGGAUGAGGUGGAGAUUGUCAACCCGCAAACGAAAGCCUGA